GUUGGACUCUCACCCCGUGCGAGAGUCCGACCCUGAUCAAGAUAUUACUGAAGCCAACUCAUCUCAGAGUGUACAGGCCAUGGAAUCUCGUGGUCCAAGCCAGCCUCCCCCAGCAGACCCAGACAUCCAUAAUCCCUUGCACGAACCUCAGAAUAUCUUUCAACUAGAUCAAGCAUCUCAGCAGCAAUUUGUCGGAGAGUCAACCUGCACAGCCUUUGGCGAUCGCCUACUGCAAUGCAUUCACCCUCAGGGCACCCCUGCCUCGAUGCCUUCGGGCUAUCGCUAUGUCCAAAAUUCGGCGUUUGCCCGUCAACUUGGCACCCCUGCCGAAUGUAAACUCCCUGAUCGCAUCCGUUCAAAUCUCCUCGUGCGUGUAGCCACUCGCUUCAUCGGCCAGGACUACCAUUUUUUCCUCCAAGAAGAUUUCUUGCAACAGCUCGAUGCAGCCUACAACUCUCGAGACAUGCAAGACUGUGACCCAGUCUGGGCUUGCAAGUUCUUCGUUGUCCUGGCUCUGGGAGAGCUCUAUUCUACUACCACCCCGACCAUACCUCCUCAUCAGACUGACAGCCAAUCAGUCCCCGGUACUGACUAUUUCCUCUCGGCGGUCAAUCUUCUUCAGGAUCAGUUCGAGGAGCCCACAACAGCAAAUAUCGAAACCAUGCUAUUGUUUUGCUUCUAUUCAAACGCCCUCGGGCGCGUCAAAUCAGCACAUAUGUACAGCGGCAUCGCGCUCAGGCUGAGUACAUCUCUCGGUCUGCACAGAAGCAUCGACAAAUGUGUUAGUCUCACCCCUGUGGAGCGGGAACACAGAAUUCGCCUGUGGUGGACCGUUUAUAUCUUUGACCGAUCAACGAGCUCCAAGCUUGGCCAGCCACUGAGUAUCCAUGACAACGACAUUGAAGUUGAACUACCGUCAUGGGAGACACUAGCUUCUGACGCCCGGCGAAAGUUUUCAUCCCCGGAACAUCUAUUAGCCAACAUUGAGCUAUCGCGCAUCACCGGCUCUAUCAUGCGAGAUAUUUAUGGGUUGUCGUCCAAGGACAGCCAUGGCAGCUUCGUUCAUAAUGUCCGAUCGAUCUUGAAGAAACUCAAAAAGUGGGAUGCCAAUGUUGCUCCCAGCCUGCGUUUGAGUCAAGGGGCCGCCCAUCGCCCUGUGGCUUCAUUACAACUUCACUUCAACCAGUGCAUUAUACUGACCACUCGCCCAAUCUUGCUACAUGUGCUCAAGACCAUGAACCCCUUUGCUAGUGCCGCAGUGUCACAGGGCGAAUCAGCGACACCACCCAUAUCAGAUACAGCGAGAAUGCUGGCAGACUCAUGUAUCUCAGCCGCGAGGACUUCCAACAGCAUUGUCUCACAGCUGUACAUUGAAAACGCCUUGGCCACCUACGGCUAUUUCGAUGCUCACCACCUGUUCUCCUCAACCCUGAUCCUCAUCAUCUCCGCUAUCAUCUCACCAAACUCGAGCGACUCAGACGCCGUCCAGACGUCAUUCUACCUCCUCAAGACCAUGCGCGACAACGGCAACAUGGCAGCGUCACAAUAUUAUUCUCGUCUAGCCCAUAUCCAGUGGACCGUUGGUCGCCUCCGAACCCGUGUCACAGCCAAAGAAACAAAUGUGGCCAACACUACUGAGUCUAACCAAGCAGUCACUACUCCUGUGUCAUUACCAGGCCCGCCCUUGCUCGACACCACAGAGUUUGAAAACUAUGAUUGGAGCAACUUCCUUGUCCCCAGCACAGCGGUAGAAAAUUACGACUGGACUGGUCUUGGAAAUAUCUCUGUUGACCCGUUGGAUAACCCUCUGCUACAGACAUUCCUGGACCAUACUGACACUGGUUGGGACGACAGUCUGGGCUUAUCGACUGAAGACAGAAGCUACGUACUUUAGCCACGAGACUUUUCUGUCUCCCUCUCUUCGUUCUAUCUCAAAGUAGCUCUGGCUCAAUCGCAC